CCUCUACUCUUCUCUCUCUCUCUCUCUCUCUCUCUCUCUCUCAAUACCAAAGCAAAAUCCAAGCAUACCCAAGAAGAGAAUUCCCUAGAUAUGGCAGAGAAGAAGGAGAAAUCAAAGGAAGAAGAGGCGAAAAUCCCCGUCUUCACGGUCCUGAAGAACGGUAUCAUUCUCAAGAACAUCAUCCUCAACAACCCCCCACCACUCUCCGGAUCGCAAUCCUCGAACGAUGACAGAGAAAAUGGCGAAAAACCCAAUCAAGAAGAUGAGGUAUUGCUCGUCGGGCGACACCCAGAUUGCCAUAUCGUGUUGGAUCACCCCAGCAUCAGCCGAUUCCAUCUCAAGAUCAGGUCUCGGCCCUCAUCGCAACAGCUUUCUGUGAUCGACUUGUCGUCAGUUCAUGGGACUUGGAUUUCAGGGCGGAAGAUCGAACCCCAAGUUGGACUGGAAAUGGUGGAGGGCGAUACGUUGAGGUUGGGUGCAUCGACCAGGAUUUACAAGUUGCUGUGGGUCCCAUUGAGUCAUGCGUUCGAGAUUGAAAAACCGUUAAUAUCGCCGGAGGCUGUUCCUGAAGAGAAGGAAGAGAGAUAUCAGGCUGCGAUUCUCAAGUCACCCAAGAAGAAACAAAAUGAUUCAUGGAGACUGAACAUUCCAUCAGCACCUCCCAUGCCUGAAUCCAUGAAUUCUUCAUCGCCUGAUGAAGUUUCUUCGGAUGCCAAAAUGCCCACAAAAAGAGAAAACCUGAACCUUGAGAAGGAUUCUUUCACUGCCCAAAGUCUUUUCAAAGUUGAAAACAAGAGCCCAGAAAGAAGGAGAUCAGAACAGAAACAUUGGGCAGCAUCGCUUGUUGCAGAAUCUGUGGACUCCUCAAUGCCUGAUGAAGUUCGUUUUGAAGCUGAUGCUCAAUCGGAGAGACAAGACCGUAGCCGGGAAGUUUGUUUCACCACAGAAGAAGUAUUACUGUCUGACACUAGAAAAAAUGGAAGCCCGCCGAUAAGAAGAUCUGAACAGUGGAAAAAGUCAUCGAGCCUUCAAUCGAGAAGAUGCAAACCUGUUAGCUUCCUUUCCAUCCAAACUGGACGGACUGGAGAAAAGAUGGGUGAAGGUUCUGAUGCUGUGAUCAAAUUGGAAAACCAAAAGGAGAAUAUAGGUUUUGAACAAUGCAAGAAAGAAGAACUGCUUUGCAAGCUUCUUUUCGAUGAAUCAUUUCAGUCGGAUAAGGAGAAUCUGACUCUGAUGACUUCCACCGGUCCGACAUCAAAAAAGGGUAGUCUUGAAAAGAUGGGUGAAGGUUCUGAUUCUGUGAUCGAAACAGAAAACCAGAAAGAGAAUGCAAAUGUUGAACAAUGCAAGAGAGAAGAGCUGCUUUGCAAGGCUGUCUUUGAAGAAUCAUUUCAGUCAGAUAAGGAGAAUCUGACCCCAAUAGCUUCUGCUGGUUUGAAAUCAAAGAAGGGUACUCUUGAAAUGAUGCAGAUGGAAUUCCAGAAAUCGUCUUUGAAGGGAGAAGAACUGCUUUGCAAGGAUCUUCUAGAAGAAUCAUUUCAGUCAGAUAAGGAGAAUCUGACCCCAAUAGCUUCUGCUGGUUUGAAAUCAAAGAAGGGUACUCUUGCAAUGAUGCAGAUGGAAUUCCAGAAAUCUUCAAAGGGAGAAGAACCGCUUUGCAAGGAUCUUCUAUUUGAAUCCUUUAAGUCGGAUCAGGAGAAUCUGACUCCGUUAACUUCCAUUGGUCUGAAAUCAAAGAAAGGAAGUCUUGAAAUGAAGCAGAUGGAAAUGCACAAAUCGUCUUCAAAGGGCGUUGUUGCCGGCUUGGAUAUGGAGGAAGACAUGUUUCCUUCAGACAAAGAGAAUCUGACACCAAGCCUCUCCCAAGAUUCAAAAUUGAAGAAACCCACUUCCAAAAGCCGACCGAGGUUUAAACUGGACAUGAUGAAGAAAAAUGCCGUAAGGGUGCCAUUUCAGUCUCUACUAGAAAGCUCUAUUGACAAAAGCAAGUCAGUUUCAGUUCUCAAUGCUACUUCAAGAAAUAGCAAUUCUAUCAGCCAUAGCCAAACUAAUGGAAACAAUAGCACUUCUUCUGCUAGCCAGUCUGUGGAUCAAGCUGUUCAUAAAUUGGGAGAAGGGAAAAAGAAAUGGAACAUGGUAGUGGACACAAGUUGCCUGCUUAAUGAAGAAUCAAGAAGGUCGCUAAAGCUAUUAGAAGGUCUCAAGGGGACCCACCUCAUCAUUCCAAGGAUGGUCAUAAGGGAACUCGACUGUCUGAAGCGACGAGGAAGCCGGUUUAGAAAGGCCAACGAGGCUUCUUCAAUAUUGCAAUGGAUCGAAGAGUGCAUGGUGAAAACAAGCUGGUGGAUUCACGUUCAGAGCUCGGUGGAGAGCGUGCCGAUAGCACCGACCCCACCUGUUUCUCCUCGAUCCCGAUUAAGUGAGGGAAGUAAUGAGUUUCCUGGCAGUACCACUAAUUCAGUGCCAUUUUCUACCUGUGGAAGUUUGAUGGAAAUUGUCUCACCGACGGCAGAAGACCAUAUCCUUGAAUGUGCUCUCCUCUUCAAAAGAAUUAAAGAUGAUGGGCAGCUCGUCCUUCUUACAAAUGAAAUUGCUCUGAAGAUCAAAGCAAUGGCAGAGGGAUUGAUUUGCGAGACAGCAACAGAGUUCCGUGAGAGUCUUGUGAAUCCAUGCUCAAAGAGGUUUAUGUGGGUAGAGAGCACUCCAAUCGGACCGACUUGGUCAUCUUGCUUGGAUGAUGCUGGUCUGAAGGAGAACUACCGUCACUGCCCGCCUGCUGUGAGGAAGACGGCGAAGGUGGCUGAGGGUGCUAAGGGUUUGAAGCUUAUACUGCUCCAUAAUUCUCAUUAUGGGCAGAUGAAUCCAGUCAAAUGAACAUUGUCCUUCUGCUACUGUAAUUCAACUGCUACAUUUUUUCUGAGAACCUCAAGUCAAUUCAGUGAUUGAAUUUCUUGAAGUUGCAUUACAUUCCACAUGUACUAAUCAACUCGAUUCAAUGAAAGUACUUGUUUUUCAUCA